AUGACCGACCUCCUAGACAUUCUCCCUCACUUUCCCACUCAAAAAUAUGUGCGACUUUUGCCCUCACUCGAGAAGAAUCUUGUUACUGUCGCUGAUCUCCUCACGCUCGAUUGUGUCGAGAUAGCCAAACGUGCGACUUUACCGCUAUUGGAUGUCAAGAGAUUAUGUGCGGAUGUGUUGACACAUUUGAGGGGAGAUCUUGGAAUAAGUGAGGUGGAGCGUGGAGAUGAAGGCUCUGGAGAGGCUAUAAAUAAUUUAGAUGGGAGGGGAAGAGAGAAGUUGAGGAAGUCGGGAAAGGAAAUCGUGGAUGAGUGGGAGGUUAUAAGUACGUUGGAUGAUGAUAUAGAUCGCGCGUUAGGUGGUGGGAUUCCCACGGGUUAUAUUACGGAGGUUACAGGUGAGAGCGGCGCAGGCAAAACGCAAUUCCUCUUAACACUUCUCCUCUCUGCUCAACUUCCCGCACCCCAUGGAAUCACAGCUUCGACCCUAUACAUAUCAACCGAAUCCUCUCUUCCCACCACCCGUUUGUCCCAACUCCUACGCACCCACCCUGUCCUCUCUUCUCACCCAUCUCCACCUUCCCUUGACAAAAUAAUAUCGAUUGUAACACCCGACCUCGAAUCUCAAGAUCAUAUCCUCCGCUUUCAAGUCCCUGUUGCUAUAAAACGCCACGGCAUUCGACUACUCAUAUUGGAUAGUGUAGCCGCAAACUACAGAGCUGAAUUCGAAAGACCUGGCAUGACGAAAGGAGGUGGAAAUAUGGCUCAAAGAAGUGCAGAAUUGGUCAAACUGGGACAAUUGUUGAGAGAUUUAGCUAGGGAAUUUGGAGUGGCUAUUGUAGUCGCUAAUCAAGUAGCUGAUCGGUUUACAGGCGGAAGUGGAAGGGUAAGUCCAUCGGCUUUCAGCCAGAAGAGAGAAAGGGACAUGCAGAGCAGCCCACUUGCGAGAAGGGGCUUAGGCACAAAUAGAGGUGCGCCAAUACCGUCGAGUUCAAUGAAUGCUCCGAUGUCAAGUAUACCUGGUAGUACUAUGGGUGAUCGAAGCGGAUCUCGAGAUUACUCCAUUAUGACACCAGAUCCUAUGUCACUGGAUCAUCAACAGCGAUGGUUCACGGGCUGGGGUGAUGAUCCACAUCCCUCAUACACCUCAUCCAAAAACGUCAAAACUCCCGCUUUAGGCUUAAUAUGGACAACGCAAAUAGCAUGUCGAAUAGCACUUAUCAAAAAACCCGUCUAUGGACAAGGAAGAAGCGAAAUAAUGGAAGAAGGAGAGAGAGGAGAAGCGAUCCUGAGAAGGUGGAGACGAUGGAUGAAAGUAGUUUUUGCGGGGUGGGCGAUGGAAAGUGGGGAGGGGUUAAAUGGGAGUGUGGAGUUUGAAAUUAGGGGAGAGGGUAUGGUUGCUGUUAAGAAGGGGGUCGGAGACGAAGAUGAGGAAGAGGGUCUGUAG